CGUGGCUCAGGAGCUCCCACCUGGGACAAUGGUGUGCAUUCCUUGUAUUGUCAUUCCAGUUCUGCUCUGGGUCUACAAGAAGUUCCUGGAGCCGUACAUAUACCAUCUGAUUUCCCCCUUUGUUAGUCGAAUAUGGCCUAGAAAAGCUGUGCAAGAAUCCAGUGAUACAAGCAAAGGCAAAAUAGGCUAUAAGGGUGCAGACAUAAAUGGAUUACCAACAUCAGGAUAGACAGAAAUCUCUGAUAAAAAGAAAGACUAAAAGCAUUGACCCAGGGACCUCCUUGUUUUCAAAAUGGACCUAAUAAUGUGAAGCACCUUCUUUGUAAUUGUCUCUGACCUUUUUCUCUUAGAACUCGGGGUGGAUGGUUUAGAUGUUUGUCUGAUACUGAUCAGGAAACACAUGGUAUUUAUAUUUAGAAUGUAUUUGGUUAUAGUUAAUGAUCUCAUUCCCGCGUUCCUUUUUCAUUAACGUA